AUGGGCAAGAGGAACUUUAGAAACAACAAGGGCGGCGACAAAAAGAAUUUCGGCAAGCGUGGCGUCCAAGACAGAGACGCCUCCUGGACCGACGCCGUCAGAGAGAAUGAGAAAUGGGAAACCUACUACAAGGCCAUGAACAUCAUCCCCGAAGACGAGUGGGACAGCUUCAAGAAGCAUUGUCAGGAGAACUUACCUAUGACCUUCCGUAUCACCGGUUCCAGGGCCCAUGCCAACGAAAUCAACGACAUCUUCACCAAGAACCAUGUGGCCAAGUUGCAAGAUGUUGAAUUCGAAGGAGUCAAGUUGCAGCCAAAGAACUUGGCGUACUACCCAGGCAACCUCGGUUGGCAGAUCGACGUGUCCAAGGGUGUGAUCAGAAAGAACAAGGAGUUUGCUGACACCCAGAGAUUCUUGGUGAUCGAGACUGAGGUCGGAAACAUUUCCAGACAAGAAGCCGUGUCGAUGAUCCCACCAUUGUUGAUGGACAUCAAGCCUCACCACAACGUGUUGGACAUGUGUGCCGCUCCAGGCUCCAAGACUGCCCAAUUGGUCGAAGCUUUGCACGCUGAAGAAGAGCAGCAAGCCCCUACUGGAUUUGUGUUGGCCAACGACUCGGACUACAAGAGAUCCCACAUGUUGGUCCAUCAGGUCAAGAGAUUGAACUCUGCCAACUUCAUGGUGGUCAACCAUGAUGCCCAGUUGUUCCCAAGAAUGAAGUUGAAGGGCAGCAAUGACUUCUUGAAGUUCGACAGAAUCUUGUGUGAUGUUCCAUGUUCGGGAGAUGCCACCAUGAGAAAGAACGUCAACGUGUGGAAGGACUUCACCGUCAACAAUGCCUUGGGCUUGCACACCUUGCAAGUCAACAUCUUGAACAGAGGGUUGCAAUUGUUGAAGAAGGGUGGUAGAUUGGUCUACUCUACCUGUUCGUUGUCUCCAGUUGAGAACGAAGCCGUGGUUGCUGCUGCCUUGAGAAGAUGGGGCAAGCAAAUCAGACUUGUCAACUGUGACGACGAAUUGCCUGGUUUGAUCAGACGCAAGGGUCUCAAUGACUGGAAGGUGUUCUCCAAGGACAUGACCAUCCAAGAGAAAGGAGCUGAGGGAAUAGCCGAGUCUGUGUUCCCAUCAACUGAAGAAGAAGCCAAAGAGUUCAACUUGGAGAACUGUAUGAGGGUCUACCCCCACCUUCAAAACACUGGUGGUUUUUUCAUCACCGUUUUUGAAAAGAUCGACCCUGCUGGCUCUACCAAAAGAUCUGGCGAAGAAGAAGCCGAAGAGGCUUCCAAGAAGCAAAAGGUAGAGACUGAAGACUCAGCUAAGCCUCAACAACCUGCCCUCAAGCACCACCCACAAAGAAAGGAAAAGAUGCCUAGAGAUGCCAACGAGGAGCCAUUCAUUUUCUUGGACCAAAACCACGAACAAUUGAGCAAGUGCUGGCCAUUCUAUGACAUUUCCGAAUCCUUCGCCCGUGAGUGUACCUUGGUGAGAAAUGCCACUGGUGAACCGUUAAGAACCAUCUAUUACGUGUCGCCAGUUCUCAAGAGAAUUCUUGAUGCCGAAGAGCAAAAGCUUAAGAUCAUCCAUGCUGGGAUCAAAUUAUUCGUUUCCCAAAGAAACGACACCGGUAACUGUCCAUGGAGAGUCCAAAACGAAUCGUUGCAAACCAUCAAGCCAUUUUUGGGCACCAACAGACAAUUGACUUGUAACCUCAAGUUGUUGGAAAUGUUGUUUGUUGAAGCUUUCCCAAAGAUCAACGAUAUCCGUACAUCUGGUAUUGAUGCUGAAUUCUCUGCCAAGUUGGACGAAAUGUCCGAAGGUUGUGUCUUUUUGACUGUUAACAGAGGCGAAGGUUUAGAAAACUUGUUCUUGCCUUUAUGGAAGGGUAAGUCCAAUGUCAACCUUAUGGUCAACAAGAAGGAUACUCACGAAUUACUUUACAGAGUGUUUGGAAUUUCCACCUCAUCCAAGGAUGAAGGCAAGGAAGCUAUUUACCAGAAGAAGCUUGAAGCUGUCAAAGCCGCUCGCGAGUCUACUGAACCUGAGUCUGCCCAAGACGAAGGUGCUGCUACUGAAACCGAAGCCACUCCAGCCGUCGAAACCGAAAGCUCGGAAAAGCCAGCCACUGAAGCUUAG